AUGACUUUCAGACAACAUCAACCACCAACUGCCGCAUGACAGACUCAAAGAUCACGAUCUCAUCAUGCUCCCCUUAGGCCUCCUGACCGCCGCUCAAGGCCACCCGAUGCUUGUUGAGCUAAAGAACGGCGAGACACUCAACGGCCAUUUAGUGAAUUGCGAUACCUGGAUGAACCUGACUCUCAAAGAGGUUGUCCAGACAAGUCCAGAAGGCGACAGAUUCUGGCGGCUCCCUGAGGUUUAUGUCAGAGGAAACAACAUUAAAUACCUACGUGUACCUGAAGAAAUCAUCGAUCUCGCAAAAGAGCAACAACAAAAUCAACAAAGCGGGCACCAACGUGGUCGUGGUGGUCAAGGACAUCGUGGAGAUCAAGGUGGCAGAGGUGAUAGAGGACGUGGUCAAGGCAGAGGACGAGCUCGUGGUAGAGGAAGGGGACAAUGAAACCGCAUUUGCUCAUACAGCUCGACUACAGCAGUUACUUUUCAUAUCGACGCUCCAGGCUUCACGCCACCGCUAUGCU